AUGUCCUCCUCUGAGUCCUUUUCUAGCAUCAACCCUUCCGAACUGGGAUGUGGUACCUUCUUACCCUCCAGAGACGACGAACCCGACAUCGAAUGUGCCGCAUCCCCCCCUACAGCCACCUCCUCAACACGGCUCAUUCUCGAACCCACCGCCAAUUCUCACGGCCCCCACCAUGACCAUGACCAUGACCCGACCUCACCUCAUCCUCCCCAAGUCCACCACGACCAACCCCCAGACCGUCUCGCGCGCGCCCUCCGCCAACGCCACCUCUCCAUGCUCGGCAUAGCCGGCUCCAUCGGAACAGGCCUCUUCCUCGGGCUGGGUCUGGCCGUCCGGCGCGGCGGGCCGCUCGGCGCGCUCCUCGGCUACGCCGCCAUCGGCCUGACCGUCUGCGCCGUGCAGUUUGCGCUCGGCGAGACGGCCGCGCUGAUGCCGCUGACGGGGUCGUUUGUGAGGCACGCCGAGGUAUUGGUCGACCCGGCCUGGGGGUUUGCGGUGGGGUGGAAUCUCGUAUACGGGAAUCUGCUGAGCAUCCCGAGCGAGGCGGUUGCGGUGGUCGUGUUGGUGAGGUUCUGGGGGGGUUGGGAGGGGUUCGGGGAGAAGGGGCAGGCUGCGGUCGUGCUGGCUGUGUUUGUGUUCGUGACGGUUGGGGUGGGCAUGGCGGGGGUGAGAGUGUUUGGGGAGGUUGAGUUCUGGUUUGCGUUGGUGAAGAUUGGGUUGGUGGUGUUUUUGAUUGUGCUGGGGUUGGUAAUUAAUCUUGGGGGCGUGCCGGGGACCGAGAGGAUAGGGUUUAGGUACUGGAGGGAUCCAGGGCCGUUUGUCGAAUACAUUGCGGCCGGGGACUGGGGAAAGAUUCUCGGUUUUUGGGCCGUGUUGACGGGCGCCGUGUUCUCGUUUGCCGGUGUCGAGUCGUUGGCCAUGGCGGCUGCUGAGACGAGGAACCCGCACGAGACGAUCCCACGGGCGUGUAAGCGUGUGUUUGCCCGGAUUGUCAUCUUCUAUAUGCUCGCCGUGCUGGUGGUGGGCAUGCUCGUCGCCAGCAAUGACCCCCGGCUGGACGGGUCAGGGAGCAGUGUGGCUCAAAGUCCGUUCGUUAUUGCCGCCUCACAGGCGAGUAUAUCGGCGGUCCCUUCGGUUGUCAAUGCGGUUGUCAUCACCUCGGCUUGGUCAGCGUCGAACCAGAGCCUGCUCACGGGUACAAGAGUUUUGUACGGGCUGGCUCUCAAGGGACAGGCGCCCAGCUUCUUCUUGCGGACGACGUCAUGGGGUACGCCGUACAUGUGCGUGUUACUGUUUGCGGCAUUUAUGUUUCUCAGUUUUAUGAGCAUGUCGGAAAGCGCCAUCACCGUGUUCUGGUGGCUGGUGGCGUUGACGGCCGCCGGAGUGCUCGUCUCAUGGUCGACCAUCCUGCUGAAUCACAUCCGGCUGGUGCAGGCGAUGAAGAGGCAGGGGAUUGAUGCUGGCAGGUUGCCGUGGCAUAACUGGUGGACAAAUUACUCCUCGCCUGCCGGAUUGUUCAUGUGCAUCACCAUCCUCCUGACCAGCGGCUUCAGCGUGUUCACACAAGGCAACUGGGACGCAGCCAAGUUUGUGUCGUCCUACCUGGACAUACCCAUCGUGCUCACGGCCUACAUGUUCUGGAAGCUGUUUCGCAACACCAAGGUCAUCUCGUUGGACGACAUCCCGCUGGAGGAUAUCUUCAAGCAAGCAGAACAAUACUAUCCGUACGAGACACCGCUCAAGAAGACCCACAGCUGGCUAAGAAUAAUAAGCUGGAUUUGGAAGUGA